GUAAAAUAUGUAGAAGAAAACAAAGCAUGGUGUUCUGCUCUGUUGAAGAUAUCAGUGUUCGGUUAAUAAUUUUCUGUUAAAUAAUUUGCACGUUUUGCAAUUAUAGCUAUACGAUAUUAAUGUAUAUCUAGAGAUCGUGUGAACCAUGAUUGGAAUCAACCGUCUCAUGUCAUUGGGUGCUACAUUACGUCUAAGUAGAAGCAUUGCCCAGCUUUCAAGAAAAACUGAUUUCCUUUGUAGCUGUAGAAAUGUUCAAGAGAUUAGAUCAGUUAAUUUUUCCUCAAAAAAUCCUACCGAUGAGGACAAUGGUGACGAAGCUCUGAUGACUCUUUUAUCUACAAAAUACAAAAUCUUAAGCGGAGAUAACGCACCUCUCAUUUUGGACUCGGAAGCUGAACGCCAAAAAGCUGAUGAAGAGGCUGCCAAUGUAGAAACCCAAGAGACUGCUCUGGAAGAUGAAGAUGAUUUAAUCUCACACUUUGACUUAACCAGAGGUGUUCGCGGAGUCUUCGACAUUGAGCACCUGGUAGACGUUUUGCACUCGGAAGGUGCCAUCGACCUUUUUGUGUGCCAAGUUCCAGAUGAAUUGUGCUACGCAGACCAAAUUGUGAUUGUCACUGGUCGGUCUGUGAGGCACAGGAUAUCAUUGGCCCAGCUCGUGAGGAGAGUUUUUAAGAAAAAAAGAAAUUCAAGUGACAUCUUGCCACGCGUUGAGGGCACGACCAAUGGUGGACAAGCAGAUUGGCUAGCUAUGGACUUAGGCAACAUCAUUUUGCACAUUUUUGCAAGAGCAACCAGAGAAAAAUAUGACUUGGAAUCGUUGUGGAGUCUUGGUUCGAAGCAUGACACCCAGAGCAAUAAGAAAGAUGAUGAGCUUCUUGAGUUACUUUCUAAUAAAGAUUUGUACCUUGAAGACUUGGAACCUGCAGACCCUGCUGGCGUUGGAAGUAAUUUGACUUAAGAAUAAUGGUGGAUUUUUUUUAUUAAAAAUAGAUAUUGUAAGUUCCCUGUUGUCACUUGCCCAGGAAGCCAGUUGUUAGCAGUUGACUUCUACGUUGCAAGUCUAUAAAAGCUUAGCCUUAGAAAUGUGUAUGUAUGUAAUACAACAGAACUCUUGAUAUUACAAAAUAUGAAAUCUA